CCGAGCAAACAUGAAAAAAACAACAACUCAGAUACAAAUAAAUAUGAUAAAAACAAAUAAAUACAUACGCAAAAAAAAUCUGCAUAAAAGUCAAUAACAGCAAGUUAUCCAUUAAUAAAUUGUCGUUUCCGUUUUUGGUCACGUCAUUACGCAAACGCCCACGUACGUACGCCCAACCCGGAAGUGAGUUAGGAGGCGGCGGCGCUCUCGCGUUCUCUCGUCCGGACGCGUUGCGUUUGUUAUUUUUUUCUCGCCUGGAACGGACAUGUCACGGAAAGCAAAAGAAGAAUAUUACCGCUUCUUUAGCGUCACUGACAUACGUGCGCACGAGAAAGGACACACCGAGUACAAAGUGACGGCGAGGUUUGUGUCCAAGCGUUGCCCGGAGGAUGUGAAGGAGGUGGUGGUGUGGAGGAGGUACUCUGAGCUGAAGAAGCUCCACGGCGAGCUGGCCUUCACCCACAGGAACCUGUUCCGCAAACAGGAGGAGUUCCCGCCGUUCCCGCGGGCGCAAGUCUUCGGUACGACGGGCGGACGCGUCGUCGGCGCGUUCCCUCGCCUCCCGGCCGUCUCAACUCGUCUCUUUUCAGGGAGGUUCGACGAGGCCGUGAUCGAGGAGAGGAGGAAAGCUGCGGAGGCCAUGCUGGUCUUCUCGACGACCAUACCUGCGCUCUACAACAGCCCGCAGCUCAACGACUUCUUCAGGGGCGGAGACGUGACGAGGCCUCUGGAUCCCUCCCCCGACCCCUCCGCCGGGAUCCUGCCCCCUCCUCUCAUCCCCCUGCCCAAGCGGAGAGCCUCGGACUGCGAGCCCGCGGAGGAGGAGGCGGGCAGGGAGGCGCCCACUUUGCCCCAGGACCUGGGCACCGACCUGGCCAUUGACGUGGGGGAGCCCGAAAUGGCGGCAGAGGCCUACGGCGAGAUGGCUGGGGAGGAAGGCGGCGCGGACGCCGCGCCGGACGACGGAGUCACGUCUCCGUCCAGAACGUACCCGUCCCGAGAUUCUCAGGAGGAGUUCGGGGCACUCGUCGCCGCCGUGCCGGAAGGCUGCCGCGCCUCGCCGCCGAAGGAGGACGCUCGGCCUUCGCUCUCCGACGGCGACCUGGCCGUCUUUGACCCCUGCUAUAAGCGAGACGGAUUCGAAUCAUGCGGCGGCCAUUCCGAGUUGUUGUCGUUGCCCGCGAGCAGCCCGGAGAACGAGGCGCCGUACUUGAGGCGGGCGGCCGACGAGCUGACGUCCGCCGCGGCGAGGGAGGCGGCGGGAGAAGUGAGCGCCGCCAUUUGCGGGUACCGGACGGCGGUUGAUGUACUCAUCACUGGAGUGAAGGACGAUCCGGAUCCGGCACGAAAGGAGACCGUCAAGCGAAGGAUUGCGCAGUAUCUGGAACACGCGGAGAGGCUGCUGGGCGGGGUGCAGAUCGCCUGACCAUGCGGAACAUAAACUGUAAAAAUAAUAAUGCUAAUAAUUCAAAAUCCUCAGAACUGACCUUUUUUAAAAACAUAUUUAUGGUGGUGACUGGGUGGUUUGGACCAAAACACUCACAAAUACAUGAUAAACGCUCCACACUGCGCACACCACAGACUGUUGAUAGCAUCUUUAAUUCACCCCAAAAAAUACAUCAAUGAUAAACUCUCUUUUGCACAGUUUUCUUAAUAAAUAGUUUUGAUUGA